CUUACCUCUUCUACCUGCUACGUUGUUCAUAACGGCUCGCUUGAUGAUGCUCCAGUACAUGACGCGAACGAAACCAGUUCCGUGUUGGUGUCUCAGGUCUCUAACUUCCAACAGUAUACCUUGAACCUUAUCAUAAUGCAAUUUUGUCGUGUUCUAUUUACUUAAGUUUUUUUACGAACAAAAUAACGUAAAUUUUCGCAUAUUAGUAGCUGAUAAUGUGACAAAAAAGUGUUAAAAUAUAGGUUAUUAUCAAAUUGUGAUAUUAGUUUACGUUUUUUUAUACAUUUUUCUUAUUAGGUAACCAUAUUAUUCUUUUUUUUUUUUUUGAAAAUGUACAAAUCAACCAAGUUAUUCGUCUUGUUUCUAUUCGUAUCACCAAUUCGGUUCUCGUUCCAACAAUCGAAUCCUCAGUCUGAAAACCAAGCCCAUCAUGAAGAAGAAAAAAACGUAUUCUUGGACGCAGCCCAAGACAUGCUCGGAAACCUGAUGGAAAAAAAUCCAGACAUGGGUAAAAACGCAGUGAUGGCAGCUCUCGGUGGAAUUUUCCAAUCAAUGAAGGGCGGUCAAGCGAUCGGCGAUUUGUUAUCAGGUAUGAAUACACCCGGAGGCAAAAACAUAGCCAGCGAUAUCCUCAGCGGUAUAGCUGGUAUGCUGGAGAAAAAUCCUCAAGGAUUUGAUCCCAAUAUGCUAGGUCAAGUCGCCCAAGUAUUCUCUUCGUUGGCCGAAAGCAAAAACGAAAUACCAGGACAGCAAAGCAGCCCUGAUUGGGGAUCAAUUUUAGGCCUAGCCGGUAAUUUAAUCUCAUCUAUGAGUGAUAAGAAUUCAGAAGGAGGCGGAUUUGAAGGGUUAUUGAACUUGUUACCAAUGUUGACCGGUAAUGUGCCCAGUGGACACGUGCAUUUCGCUGAUAACGAGCUGGAAGAUCAAUUGGAGCAUGAUAAGCAUCAGAAAGGAUCGUAUACGCCACCUUUUAUGAAUAUUUUUUACGAAUAUUGGGAACAUUUCAAACAAUCGGAAUUCGGAGAAGCUGUGUGGAAGAAGAGUGGUCUAGAAGCCAUAUUCCAGCUGUUUGUUGAUAAAGAUGGGUAUUUCCAAGUAGAUAGGAUUUUCGAGUCGAUGGAGAACGCUUCGUUUAGACGUAAAUGGAUCAAGAGUCUUUCGAGUUUUGUUGGAGAAUGGAUAAGGCAUUUGUCUGAUCCGAGUACUCAAGCUAGAUACAUCGGCAACAUCAAGUUUCUUGGGAACAGCUUUCUAAGAUCUCAAGGGUACUCAGAUUCGGUACACUUUGAUCCAACCAAACCGACUGAUUCAGCAAUAUCGAUAAUUGAUGCCAUAACAAAGAAACAAUUUGGAUUGAAAAUAGAUUCAGGCAAAUACAUCAGACCUGCUGUGAUAUACUUGAAGGAAGUAUUCAAAAUAGGCGAUGGAAAGAAUUUACUCAGUAUGAGUAAACUUAGCUCCAAGGAAAUUAGUGAUAGACUAGGAGACGUAUUGAAUGGCGAAUUAAUAGAACCAGUUCUCAGAGUAUGGCGAGCGUACAAAUUUUCCAUCCUAAAUCCUCAAUGUGAUAAACAACUAUUAUGCUAUUUAAAUAAAAAAGAUAACAGUUCACCAGCUCAAAUAGGCCUCAAGCCAGGAGUAAUGAAACUAUCCAGCUUAUCCGCUGCAUGGUAUUUAUCAGGCAGGACAGGAACGCCAUUUUGGAAAUUAUAUAAUGCUGUAACUGAAGAUAUCGUAUGCGAAGCACAUUACCCUGCUGAUUGUCACAAAUUCUACGCAGCAGACCAUGCAUUUACAACUGAAAGUAAUAAUCUUCAUGGCGAGGAAUUGUGAGAUUUCUUUAUAGGAAUCAAAAACCUUCCAACAUUACCAAUUAAUUUUAAGCAUUACUACUCUUGAGUGAUUUCAUCAUUGAAAUUGAAGUUUUUUUUUUUUUUUCAAAAACGUCCACAGUCAAAAAUGCUACACGAGCUUUAACAACAUCAAUGAAUUUUUGUAAAAAAAAAAAAGUCUCUGGUAAUAAGAUCUAUGGUUGUUUUUCAAAAAAAAAAAAAAAAAAAAAAAAAAUAGAUACCCUAUUGCAUCAUAUGGUUUUAAAUUAAUGGGUAGAUAUGAACAAGAACGAAAAGCAUUUUUUUUUUUAAUGGAGCUAGUUGUUCCUAUAAUAAUGUAUAGGUAAUAAAAUCUUCACUGCUGAAAAUGUGAAAAUUAAUCAACACCAAUUAUUCUUAAAAAUUUCCUACAUACCGUAUAAAUUUUCGGGUACCUAAUUGUAAUAUGUACUUUUGAAAAUGAGAAGAACUUGAAAUUAAUAAGAUAUUUAUUUUACAAAAAUACCAACCACAAUAAAACAUUAUUUUUUUUGUAUACAA